ACACACACACACACACACACACACACACACACACACACACACACACGUUUCCCUGCCUCAUACUCAGUCUCACGAGAGAGUCAAGAAGAGUGCAUUCUUCCUCUCUCUGCUCUCCCGAUUUUCUCUUGCUUCCCCGCCCAUCUGUGCAGUCAGCAGCUCCAGCAAAGUUGGCCUCAAACUUGAACAGAGCCAAAGCCUCCAGCUUCCUGGGAGCUUCUCAGUGGCGACAGCAGCAGCAGCAGCCACAGAUUCCAGCUGUGAACUCUGCCGGCCUCGAGACACUCUUUUGAGUCUUCCAGCGCUCAGCUGGUCCCCAGCCCCUGCAAACGCAUCUACCCGUGUCCUGGAGGUCUGAAAUCUGAGCUGGGGAAUGGUGUGCUGAAGACCCUCUGGAGCACGCUGACCCUACCUGGACCCGAAGAAACCCAAGGCCCAAGCCAACAUGGCCAACCCGGUGCAGCCCCAGUUUCAAGACCCAGGCUCCACCUCACCGUUGGAGCUGCCCGAGAUGGAAAAGCUUCUCACUAAAGUAGAGAACAAGGAUGACAAAGCCCUGAGUCUGUCCAAGUCUCUGUCAGGGGCUCUGGACCUGGAGCAGAAUGGCCACAGCCUGCCCUUCAAGGUCAUCUCCGAGGGCCACCGCCAGCACUCUCUCCCUGGCUCCCCUUCUCGGGCCAGCUCUCGGCGGGCAUCCUCUGUGGCCACCACCUCCUACGCCCAGGACCAAGAAGCCCCCAAAGAUUACUUGGUCCUUGCCAUUGCCUCUUGCUUCUGCCCUGUGUGGCCCCUCAACCUCAUUCCCCUCAUCUUUUCUAUCAUGUCUCGAAGUAGUGUGCAGCAGGGGGACAUGGAUGGGGCACGGAGGCUGGGCCGCCUGGCACGGCUGCUCAGUAUCACCUUCAUCAUCCUGGGCAUCGUUAUCAUCAUUGUGGCUGUCACUGUCAACUUCACAGUUCCGAAGUAGCCGCCGAGCUGUUUCUAGCGAGGCAGAUGCCGGCCAGCUCCAGAGCUCCGAACCCACACGUCCCCACACAUUAUAGAGGACAGGAUGGUGGCUGCCAAGUCCCCACCUGUUCCCAAGCUCCGAAAGCACAAACUUGGAGGGAAACCUCUACAUCAUUCCAUUGUCAGCCCAUGGCAGACGGGAAGGAAAAUCUGGAAUGAAGUUGGCCGUGAACCCAAAGAAUAAUGAGGGUUCAUCUCAUAGACACAUCAUUCGCCUUUAACCUCAGUUCUCAGGCUUGUUUCUCAUCUCCCACAAUUCCUGGGACUUACAUGCAGCGUAAACUGCCAGAAUGGGAAGAAAACCAGCCCCACAGCCAAGAAAGGAGCACUGCACACCCUGGGUGUCUGUGAUCAUGAGCACAGUCUGGGCCGCCAUCUUUUCUAUUUUUCUUGAUGGGGAGCAAACAGACUCCUUGCAUGUUUUGUGCCAGCAUCCACGGUGAUCCUAGCCUGAGCCCAAAGGUGAAGCUGUCACUCAGCAUGGACCCUGGAUACCGGCCGGCAAAGAGGCAAGAGCCAUAUGGAAAUCUUCCACUGAAGACUGGAUAGGGAUAGCAUGACACACCUGUCGCUCUUCCUGAACUUCAGCCUUGAGGCUUCUCUACCAAGGACUCUGGUUCCACAGUGUCUUCCAGAACCAUGAGGUCUGCCUCUUAUUUCCCACCUUGUGCUGUAGCCUGGGGCACCAACCUGGAAGUCCUAGAACUUGACCUGACCCAGGUCAGCCAUGUGGGAGGGACAGAUCCUGAGCUCUCUUCUGCCACUGACUCAUUGAGGGUCUGGGACCUCAUCUUGGUAACCCAUGCAAGUGACUCAGGGCCCUCUAUAGGGCAUUCAGGGGUCCUAAACAGAAGAGAUGAGGUGAUCUCUGGCUUCAGGUUGUUAGCCCAGCUCUAAGGAACUGGUUCUGUGUCCCUGGCCAUCCACAGCAACAAAGGCUUUCCCGAGAGGUAACUUGGAGACUCCUAUUGGACUCUCCGACUCAGACUCUCAGGAAUCUUUGCUGCAUUUUGUAAGGGAGGGGCUAGAGAAUUCUUAGGAAGGCUUGCUAUUUCUUGAUCUGGAGUCCCAGGAGUCUGGAAGGAAAGGCUUGACUGAAGGGUCAGUUUGGAGAGUGGGGACUGGGACAGGGUGUAAGGGCCCAGCAGCUACAGCCUCUGUCUUAGGACCUAGCAGAACAUGGGGACAGAACCCAACAGAGCCCUCUGCCAAAGAGCCUCCUGCUUUUGCCUCUGUGUCUCUCCACAGGCUGUGCUCACAGGGGCUUCACCUGCUGGUCUUGCUUGCUCUGAGCCCACUACCCAAUGUCAUACCCCACCACCACCUUCAGCUCAGAUCUGGUGGGGUGAUCCAGGCUUCCUCUGCCGGGCAGCUAGGCAGCUUCAAUAGAGCAACAGGUCCAAAGCCACAACCACCCUGGUUGGGGAUUGGAAGUUCAUUUCCUCUGAACAAAAUCAGGAGCCUGACAUCUCCUCCCCAGGGCUCUCUGCCUGGCUCCCUACAAUCUCAGGGACCCUGGGCAGGGCAGGUUAGCACUGAGCACUGACAGAUAGCAGAGCUCUGGGAGAGCUGAGGGGUUGGGGGUGUCUCUAAGGGGUUGAUGUCCCUAAAUCAGGCUCCCAUUGGGGAAUAAACUUGAGCUCAUGUGUCUAAAGCAGGUACUAGCUGUGCACCCUUUAUGGGAUCUUUGAAGCCAAACUAGAGAUGUUUCCAUUUGCUAUGGGAAGUAAGUGUGAGCCCAGAACAUGUGUGUGAGUUGAAAAGUUGGAUCAGGGAGAUGUACUAUCUAUGGAAACAGCCUGUCACAGGCCCCUGAUCCUAAAACGGCCCCCCCACACACACUGGGGGUCCAGAUUUGGGACCUCAAAAUGAGGGAAAGGAAAGACACCGUCUAGGAAUUGUCACGAGGGGGAGAAGAAGCAGAGGGGGUUUUGUCUUCAGCCUCUGCGUCUCUGGAGUCCAGACUGCAUCCAGCCAUUCCUGCCCAUCUCCUAGUCACAAGUGUACACUCGGCCUGUCAGUCACCCCCUCUCACACACUUAUCCACACUUCAGCCUGGAACAAUUGGAGUCUCUGCAUCAGGGAAGGGCUUAGCUGGAAUGUCCUUUCACUUAGACAGGAACAACCAGAGAGUCUUGCCAUGGUUCCGGAGACACACUCCAGAGGUUCCCGGGGAGGUCCCCUGGGCAGAGGGGAGCACAAGACAGGAGGAGAGAGUCACUGGGAUGUGAGAAGACUGAGGGAGGAUUCUCUCGGCACCCAGUUCCCAUGAAGCUGCGGAGAACAGGGGCCCUGCUAUCCCAACACUGUGUUGGUUCAGGGCUAGCUGCAUGAGCACAGUGGCUGAGGGUACUGACCUUGCCUCUCUUUGGGCAUCCUGGUGAACAGCAAGAGCUGCCCCUCCCCACCACACACACUAAUGACUCUGUAUUUCUUGGCAUGGAAAGAAAUAAAGCUGAAUAUAUGUGUUC